AAAUAAGCAGUAAGAACUUACUUAACUAAAUAAGAAAAAGCUUUUUUUAACUAUAUUUAAACAAAAUUAUGAGUUCAGUAUUUGUUUAUAAUAAUUUUAUAUAAUUCGAGUUUUCAAUUCGUGCUUAGGUUAUUGUUUUACAGAUUCGAAAAUGGAACCCGAGAGUUCUGUAUCGCUGACUGAAAUAAAUCCUAUUGAUGUAUAUGAAGUGCUGGAAUCCCGAAAAUUUGUUGAUAAAUUACUCAAUGGAAUGUUACAAGAUAUAAAAAAUUCUACGGCUUAUACAGAUUUAAAAGAAAUUGCUAUUUGUCAUUUUGCAUCUAUUGAGACUGGUAAAAAUGACGAACCUAUUGAAAGAAAAAAGAAACAAACUUAUGAUGUUGGAUAUUUAUCUGACUGCAUAGCUUCUACUUUAACUAAAACACUUCAUGAGAAACUUCUUGCUCUUCAAAAUGAUAUAUAUGCUACCUCAAAAGCUGUUAUUGAAGAAUUAGAGAUGAAAAUUUCUGAUAAUGAAGAAAUGAAAUAUUCUGAAACUUCUUUGUCUAAGCAAAAUGGAUCUCACAUUAUUUACUCUUCAACUCCAAAUAAGAGAAACAGAAAAAGAUGUAUUGAGGAAAAUACAGGUGAAACCUCUUUGAAGGAAUCAAAAGUAGGAUCACAUUUGACUGCAGAUAUUCAAUCCAAGUCAACAGUGCAAUCUAAUGUUAAAAACAAGUAUGUUAUUCUACCUAUUGCAGAUAAGAUAGAAAUUUUAAAAAAAUAUGAGAAUGGUAUUUCCGUGAAAACUCUUGCUAAAGAAUAUAACAUUGGUGAGCGUACAAUAUAUGAUAUAAAAAAGCAAAAGGAAGAGAUAAGAAAAUGUUACAGUGAAUACCCUGAAGGAGUAACAGUUAGAAAGUUUAUGCAUAAAAAAAUGACUCUUGCUUUGGAUAAUGCUCUAAUAAAAUGGUUUAAAGAGUGCAGGAAGAAAGGUAUUUUUGUAUCUAAUCAUAUGUGGAUAAAAAAGGCAAAUUUACUUCAUUCUCAAUUAAAAUUGAAAAGGGUCUGCAGAUAUAACAAUCUAUGGCUUCGUCACUUCAAAAGACGAAAUAGAGCUUUGUUUAGUUUUACAGAUAUCUCAAAUCAUAUAGGAAUGGCAAAAAAAUAUUUGGAUGAAAGAAAAUUCGAUGAAAAAACUUUUAAAUUUGAAAAAUGUAAUGGUAAUGGUAAAAACAGUCGUAUUACUCUACCUAUUGCAGAUAAGAUAGAAAUUUUGAGAAAAUAUGAUAAUGGUAUUUCUGUAAAAACCCUUGCUGAAGAAUAUAACAUCGGAGAGCGUACAAUAUAUGAUAUGAAAAAACAUAAAGAAAAACUUAGAAAAUAUUAUAGUGAAUUUCCUGAUGGAAUGAUAGUUAGGAAAUUCAUGGGCAAAAGAACAAGUCCUGCUUUAGAUAAGGCACUUAUAGAGUGGUUUAAGCAAUGUAACAAAGAUGGCAUUGUUGUAUCUAAUCAUAUGUGGAUGAAACAAGCGGAAUUACUUCAUUCUCAAUUAAAGUUAAAAACUGAGUGCAAAUAUGAUGAUAAAUGGCUUUUUCGUUUCAAGGACCUAAAUAGAAUCUUCUUUCAUCCUAUCCAAGAAUCGGUCCUUGAACAAGAUAAAUUUUUAGAAAAUAAUGAAAUUAAUGUGGAAACUCAAAGAUAUGAUAAAGAAUGUGAUAGAAAAAUUAGUGAAUCUAAUGAAUCAUUAAUUGAAUGUGAACUUCCUGUUUCAGACAAAACACCUUUAAAGGAAUUAGAGGUAGGACCACCUUUGACUGCAGUUGUUCAAACAAAAACAAUGAUGCAAUCAAAUAUUAAAAAAAAGUAUGUUACUGUACCGAUUGCAUAUAAGAUAGAAAUUUUGGAAAAACUCGAUUCUGGUAUUUCUGUAAAGGCUCUUUCUAAGGAAUAUGCCAUUAAAGAAUGGUCAAUAUAUAAUAUAAUAAAGCAAAAAGAAGAACUACGAAAAUAUUAUAGUGAAUUUCCUGAAGGAAUGAUAGCUAAAAAAGCUAUGCAAAAGAGAACGAACCCAGCUUUUGAUAAGGCCCUUAUAGAGUGGUUUAAACAAUGUAGAAAAAAUAAUAUCUUUGUAUCUAGACAUAUGUGGAUCAAACAAGCAAAAUUACUUCAUUCUCAAUUAAAACUGAAGACUGAGCCCAAAUAUAACAACAAAUGGCUAUUUUGUUUCAAACGUCAAAAUAAAAUUUUGCUUAAUUUAACGCAGAAGCAUGUCCCAAAGCAUAAAGCAUCUACACUAAAAGAGGAUAAUGAAAAUAAGAUUGAAAAAUGUGAUGAAGAAGAUUAUGCAAAGAAUAGUAAGCUUAAAGAAUCUUUAAUGAAAUGUGAAGUUAGGCUUAUAGACGUAAUGACUUUAUUUAAUUCUAAGAAAGAUAAAAACAAUAUUGUCUCCAAUAUAAAACAGACUAUUAUUGAUGGCCACAAAAUGGAGUGUUUGCCGCAAAUAUCCUCUGUAGAAAACCUUUGUGAAAAUUCAGUUUUACAAUUUCAGGAAACAAACAUAGCAUAUUCUUCAGAUGGUUUAGCUGAAAGUGAAAUUCCUGAAACUGCUACAGGAAAAAAUACGAGUCCAUCUAAUGAAAAGAAAACUGGUAAACGUAAGCAUAAAAUUUUGAGUAUUUCUCAAAAGCUUGAAAUUUUUAAAAAGCUUGAUGAAGGCAUAGCAGUCAAAACUCUUUGUGAACAAUAUGGUGUGGGAUUCUCUACAAUAUAUGAUAUGAAAAUACAGAGGGUAAAUGCAAAAAAAUAUUUAAGUAAAUGUUCUAAUCGAAUGAUAGUUAAAGAAAGUGUAUUAAAAUUAUCAAACAAUACUGUGGAUAAAGCACUUAUUGAAUGGUGUGAACAAUGUGGUGAAGAAGGAAUUUCUAUCUCUGGUGCUAUGUUAGUGAAACAAGCAAAGUUACUUCAUUCCCAAUUAAAACUAGGAACAGUUUGUAAAUAUACAAAGAAAAAAUGGCUUCCUCAUUUUAAAUAUCAAUAUAGAAAUAUAUUAUCCAAAAUUCCGGCUUUAGAAAGGCUAUUCUUUAAAAAAUCAGAACAAUGCAGGAAUAAUUUGGUUUUUGCUACUGAAGAAACGACCAUUAAUAACAGCAAAACAAAAUUGGAACCUCAGAUUUUAUAUGUUGAAAACUUAUCUCCAUAUGAUUUAGUAAGCAGUGAAAUUUUAGACAAUAGAAAUAAAGAAACUGUACUAUCCAAGAGUACAGAUGAUCUUGAUAUAAACAAAAAUACUCAUGAAAUCAAUACUUUACUUAAAUGUGACAAUUUGAAAUUAACUGAUGAAGAUUCUAUUAAACGUAGACAUAGUAUUUUAUCUGUAUAUGAUAAGCUUGAUAUUUUGAAAAAAAUUGACAUGGGUAUUUCUGUGAAAAACCUUUCUAUGCAGUAUGGUGUUGGUACGUCUACAAUUUAUGAUAUGAAACAACGGAGAGCUAAGGUACGAAAGUAUUAUGGAAAAAUUAAGACAGAAGUGACUGAAGAAAAUUUGUCAUCAUCAAACAUUUCUGUGGAUAAAGCACUCAUUGAAUGGUGCCAGAAGUGUGGUGGUGAAGGAGUUUCUAUUUCUGGUGCUAUGUUAAUAAAACAAGCAAAAUUGCUCCAUUCUCAGUUGAAACUAAAGACUAGUUGUAAGCAUUUAAAUAAGACAUGGCUUCAACAUUUUAAAAAUAAGUAUAGAAAAAUAUUAUGUGAAAUUCCUGCUUUAGAAAGACAUUUCUUUAAAAAGUCGCAAAAAUGUAAGAAUAAUCUAGAUCCUGAAGAAACAUUCAAUGACAACCUACCUCAAAUUUUAUCUGUAGAAAGUCUUUCUGAAAAUUUUAAAGUAGAAUUACCAUUUUCUGAUUUAUUUGAGAAGAAAAGUAUAGAAGAGCUAUGCUCCCCAAUCAAUUUAGUAAGCAGUACUGUUUUAGGAAAUACAAAUGAAAAAGCUACGAUAUUCAAAAAUACAGAAGUUUAUGAUCCAAGUAAAGAUACUCAUGAAAUCAAUACUUUGAGUGAAUGUGAUAGUUCAAAAUUAACUGACAAAGCUCCCGUUAGACCUAAACGGGUUUUAUCUGCUUCUGACAAGCUUGAAGUUUUUAAACAAAUUGAUCUGGGUAUUUCUGCAAAAAGCCUCUCUUUGCUGUAUGGUGUGGGUCGAUCUACUAUUUAUGACAUGAAACAGCGAAGAAAAGAAGCAAGAAAAUAUUGUGCGGAAGGUACUAAACAAAGCGAGAUAAUGACACCAAACCAUUCUGUUGAUAAGUCACUCAUUGAAUGGGUUCAACAAUGUACCAGAGAAGGUAUUUCUGUUCCUGGUACUGUGUUGAGGAAUCAAGCAAAGAUUUUUCAUUCUGAGUUAAAAUUAGAAACUGAUUGCAACUAUAACCGGAAGUGGCUUCAUUCUUUUAAAAAUUUGUAUAAAGAUAUACUUUAUUUUUAGAGAAAGUGUAAUUAAUAAAUUUGUGUUAAAAAGGCCAAGCUCAUAAUUAAAGAUUAUGAUCAAUAAAAAACUUCAUGAUAUAAUGAUAUGAUACGUGAUAAAAAAAAUUUAACACUGAUUUUAAGAUAAUAAUUUUAUAUUUCAAUAAAAAAUUUGAUUUUUUAUAAUUACACUUUUGAAAAUGUUAUAAACUCCAUUUAAUUGUUAUUAAUGUCAUUUUUUAGCCAAAUCAAAUGAAUAUAAUGAUCUUUAUUUGAUACUCUGUACAUAAAACAAUUAUAAAAGAUUGCAUUCAACUAAAAAAUUUUCAUUAAAAAUCUGUUUCUCUCUCUCUCUUUUUUACUGACAUGUAUAUUAAAUUACCUCUGUAUAUAUUUAUUUAACAUUUUUCUCUGAAUGCUUAAUUACAAAUAUUCUUUCUGUGCAUCAUAUUAUAAAAAUUUAUUUUAAAAAUCAUGUUUAAAUUAGUGAUAAUUCAUUUGUUAUAUACAUACAUCUAAAAUUUGCUAUGUGUUUUUAGAAUUUAAUAGCUAUUUCCAAGGAAUAAAAAAAUAUUUUUGCUUUUUU